CGACUCAUUCUUUUCCGACGAAUGAAGGCUUGCACGACGCUGGUGGUCCUUGGACUCGCCAUGGCGCUUGCUUCCGCCUGUCCCUACCCCAUCACCAAGCCGCUGGAGCCGCUCAACGAGUUCCGGAAGCUGGUUGUUCCCAAGCCGCGCUUCUUUUCCGAAGACAAUGGCCUCUCCAAGUGCCUCAACAACUCGCGCACCCUUGCCGACUAUCCCGUCUGCCAGUACAACUUUCCGUCCGUUCUCUAUGUCGAAGCUACUCUGGAAGACAUCACAGCGGCCAAGACAUGCUCGGUGGCGCUGGCCGUCGACCGCGAAAUGGAAAGGUGCUCACCGGCGAGACGAACCCGAUCUCGGCCGAAAUGGCGUUCCUCGAGGCCAAGGUUGUCAAUGCGUGGGUGGUGAUCCGCGAUGUCGACACUGGCGCGACGCUCCGCCGGCUGCCUGAGUUUACCUUUGCAGCAUCGGAGGAGGUCUCGCUGCUGGCGACAACGACCCAGCCUUCGAUGGUUGGCGACACAUUCAACGCGUCGACGGUGGCGGGCUUCCGGGCCGAGGUCACCUCGUUCAACACCCGCGACUACAUCUACGACUACGAGCGCGAGGUGCCUUUUAUUGCCUUUUCGGUCUUGAUGUCAUACACGCCGCUGUACAACGCCGGCGAGGCCAAGAGCGGCCCCCUGGAGCGCGUCGACUGCGAGGCGUUUGAGAAGCAGGUCAUCUUUCCGUGCGACGAGCCGGCGCUCAAUGACUUUAACUAUGUUGUCGGCCGGCUCGAGGGCCGCCAGCCCAUCGCGCUCCGCGGCGCGCAGCCUGUGCCGGCCCGGGUGGCCAUGGGUGAGACAGAUGCUGAGGGCUCGGCUGUCGGCACCGGCGCGCGGCCCUUUGCCUGGGUCCCCACCUACGACGCGGAUAACUCGAUGGUCAACGACACCAUGGUGACUGAUGGCGCAUGCUCGGACGAGCGAUGUGGGCGCUACACCUGUGUGGCUUCGGGCAACUGCAUCGAGUGCACCACGUCGAUUCCCUGCGGCAUCUUUGAUCAGCCUGGCUCAGUGAGUAACUGCGACGCCAACAACGGCGGCCUCCUCCUUUGCAAGUACUCGCCCGGCAACAUUACCGAGCUACCGGCCCCGCGCUCGGGCGCGCCGUACUACGACAGCCCAUGCAGUCCGGUGUGCGGCCUGCACAAGGUCUGCCAGGCCGGUGAGUGCGUCGACUGCACCACAAACGCCGACUGCACCCUCGACUUUACCCCGGCCGACGGCUACACCUCCUCGUGCUCGGCCAACAAGUGCAACUAUGUCCUGCCCUCGCCGCCGGCGCCGGUCAAGUCCAUCCGCGGCAAGGUCAUCCUCAUCUCCUCGCUCGCCGUCGCAGGCGUCUGCUGCAUCGGCUGCGUCAUCGCAGCCAUCUUACUCUACCGCCGCUACCGUAAGAACAUCGAGGCCGACAACCUCAUGGGCGACGAGCUCAACAAGGAGGCUGCAUCGGGCAAGAAGUCGCGCUUCACCUUUACUGGCCUUGACGAGACGGACACCAAGGGUCGUAACCUCAACGAUCCGUUUGCGUGA